GGUAACGCAGAGGAUUAAUAACCACAAGGCUCACCAUGUUACUGCGGACUGCAGCGGUGCUUUCUCUCGCUGCCGCUCUGUUUGGAUUUCUGGAAGGGAAGGGAGUUCAGAUGCAGAGGGACGUUCAGUGCUGUAUGCAGUACUCCCAGGGAAAGGUCCGUGCCAAAGAUGUGCUGAGGUUCGAGGUGCAGACAGAAGGGCCCGACUGCAGCAUACAGGCUCUCAUACUGUACACCAAGAGGGCAGUGAAGUGUGCUGACCCCAGAGACAGGAAAGUGAAGCGGUUGCUGAGGAAACUGACUCAGAGACAGAGGACCAAGGCACAUAGCACCAUGUGGCUCCACCCACAAGGGAAUCUUCCAGCCAUGGCUGAGGUAGCUGAAAGUCACACACGCCACUCUGCCAGGGUAAAGGAAAGCUGGCCAAUGAGAGGAAAAGAAAGUACUAAGAUUGACCAAUAAAAAUGCACUCUAAACUUUCACACCCUACUUUCCCUGGUUAGUUAGAUCAAUUGGAUCAAUUGCUCUACUGAAUGUCUCCAUGGUGCAGGGCUACACAACUGAAUUCUUUAUGGAUGGCAAAAAUCUGUUCUUUAUAAUCCUGUGUAUGGCCCCAUCUCAAGGGACAUUAAUCAUCUGUGAUGCUGAAUGCAUGCACCUUUGCCCUGACACAUUGUCUUUCCGUAUGAAGUCAUGAAAUUGGUCAUUGCAAAGGGUGCUGCUGUGAGUGACAGCUCCUGGCCCAACUGGUAUUGCAUUAUUAACUCAUUUUGUAAUACAGGGGUAUUGGAGAAUGUAAUGGAGUAUCACAAACAAUUGAACAUCACACUCCUUCCCAAAAUGGAUUAUGAUAGUGAUGGUGUAUUUAAUGAUUUGUAUACUCAUGUUGAAAUAUUGGUGUUUUUCUCUAGAG